GCGAAUUAUCAGAUAAAACCAAAUUAAUAUAAAAGCUAAAUAAAAGUGAAAUUAGGGAAAACAAAAGACAAACAAACAGCCCUCAAUCGAAUUGCAAUUAGAAAAGGGAUUGAAAUGGAUUACUCCAUGUUCGUCCAAAAAAUCGCACAGUGGAUGACAACCGGUCGACGGCGAUAACGAUCCAAUCGACCACCCAGAAGCUUUUCCUCCCACACGGCGCGGCUGGGACAGAGACUCCAGGCAGAUCCGACCAGAGGCGCUUCGGCGACGCCGAAGCGGCGACUGUUCCUCAAAUCUUCUCCGGCGAGAGGGACGAUGGUUUUCGAUGGUGCCAUAUUGGCCCAAGGUAACCACGCCCACAGGGUGGAGGCUGGCUCACGCUCUAAGUCUCGACACCCACCGGAAUCGAAACAAAGAAAGACUUCUAAUCUCCCUGGAAAACACUCGUCGGAACUCAUCGGAAAAACUCACCCUCGCGGCUGCUCUACCCUCUCCUCUCCCCUGUCUCAUGAACGUGGAUCUCCCCCUCCUCCUUUUCCGGCAGGCCUGGCAGCGGAAACAGCAAUGGAGGCUACGGAAAACGCAGGGCCGGCAGUGGCAACGGUGUCAUUUUCCCCUCGUCCUCCUUCUGCGGUGGUGACAGCAGCCAUGCGGCAACGGUGUCUCCUACUCCUCCUCCUCCAGCAGCGACGGCUGCGGAAAUGGCGGGGCCGGCGGAGGCGAUAGGGCCGGCAGUAGCAACGGCGUCGCCUCUUCCUCCUCGUCUUUCUUCUCCGCCAGCGACGACGGCGGAGCUGGUUGCGGCACACCGCCAGAUAAGAUUUUGAAUAAUCUUUUUAAAACAAUUUUAAAAAUUGCUUGAAAAUUCCAAGAUAUUGUGAAUUGUUAUU